AUGCCAACGAAUAGUACAGAAUCCGAUGAAGAACAAGUCGAUGCGAUGUUUCGCCGUGAAAUUGAUGGCACUGUGUAUCACAUUAAAGCAGUUGGAAUCACCUAUCGUCAACGUGUUCGAUCGAAUCAAUGUUUUGUUGAAUAUGAUAAUCAACUGUUACCGGAAAAUGCUGUGAUCAAGAUUCGAAAGAAAAACUUUCGAGUUGAAAAUUGUUCGUUAGAACGAGUUUAUCAUGCUUGUGGUCCAAAUCUUCUUUUAAUGUUAAGUCUUGUUUGCCGGGUGAUAGAUCAAGAUGUUCAAUCGUAUUCGCAUUCAUUUGCGAAUUUCAAACGAUCAACUUCUUUAUCUCCUCGUUCAAAAUUUCGAUCAACAACAUUUUCAAGCAAUCGUGUCGUUAUUACUGACUCUUGUUGUGAAAAUUUCUGUAGUAUCCCGGAAUUAACGAGAUAUUGUCAUCAAUAA